CACACACACACACACACACACACACUCCUGCAGAGGGUCUGAGUCGGUGCUCAGUUUCUUCUGGCCGUCAUCAUGGAGUUCAAGAGCAAGCAGAAGAAGAAGGUCCUUGUGAUCUCGGUGCUGCUGGCCGUGUGUGUGGUGGUGAUCAUUCUGGGUUUGGGUUUGGGUCUCGGUCUCCAGCUGCAGGACUGCAGGAAUAAAGAUGUGUCAGCAUCCUGCAGGAAUCGUUGCUAUGAGCCAUUGGAUGUGGAUUCAACAUCCUGUCGCUGUGACAGUCAGUGUUUGGAGACUCACAGCUGCUGCUUUGACUAUAAGGACAUCUGUCUGCUGCCCACUCAGAGCUGGGAGUGCAGUGCGCUUCGCUGUGGAGAGAGACGGCUGUCCGGCAGCAGGUGUCACUGUUCGGAGGACUGUAUGAGCGCCGGAGACUGCUGCUCCAACUACAAGAGCAUCUGUGAGGGAAACACAGAGUGGGUUCAGGAUGAGUGUGUGGACAUGAACACUGCCAAAUGCCCUGCCAGUUUUAAGAGGCAGCCGGUGCUGUUGGUCUCUCUGGACGGUUUGAGAGCUGAAUAUCUGCAGUCGUGGCAUGCAGUGGUUCCAGUGCUGGACAAGAUCAGACGCUGCGGUACGUCGGCACCCUUCAUGCAGGCCGUGUUCCCCAGUAAGACGUUCCCUAACCACUACUCCAUCGCCACAGGUCUGUACGCUGAGUCACACGGGCUGGUGGAUAAUAACAUGUACGACCCCGUGUUCAACGCUUCCUUCAGUCUGUCCAACAGUGAGAAAAACAAUCCCAGAUGGUACCAGGGACAACCGAUCUGGAACACAGCCAUGUAUCAGGGACUGAAGGCCGGAACGUUCUUCUGGCCGGGAUCUGAUGUGGCCAUAAACGGGAGUUUCCCAGAUAUCUACAUGAGUUAUGACGGGAAGGUCCCGUAUGAGGAGAGGGUCUUCAGUGUUCUGCGCUGGCUGCAGUUACCAGAGGAUAAACGGCCGGAUUUCUUCACAAUCUACCUGGAGGAGCCUGAUAGUUCAGGACACAGCUAUGGACCCGUCAGUGGAGGGCUGAUCUUGGCUCUGCAGGGAGUGGACAGAGUUAUCGGUCAGCUGAUGAAUGGCCUCAAACAACUCAACCUUCAUCAGUGUGUCAACAUCAUCAUCGUCGCCGAUCACGGUAUGGAGGAGACCAGCUGUGAGCGUAAAGAGGCUCUUCAGAAUAUUAUAGGUGAUGUCAAUCAUCUGUUCGUCAGUGAGGGGCCGUUUGGACGAAUCAGAGCUAAGGACACAACACACACCUUGGACGCAGCUGGACUUGUGGCAAACAUGUCGUGUAAGCGACCAGAGCAGCAGAUCAAGCCUUACCUGAAACAUCACCUGCCCAAACGUUUCCAUUACGCCAGCAACAGACGCAUCGAAGACGUCAGCGUCCUGGUGAACCCACGCUGGCUCUUUGAGAGAUAUCCUGGGUCUCUCACGUUCUGCUCAGGAGGUAAUCAUGGAUAUGAUAAUGACAUCUACAGCAUGCAGGCCUCGUUUCUCAGUUUAGGCCCAAAAUUCCCCUUUCAGACAGAAGUGGAGCCGUUUUCCAACAUUGAGCUGUACAACCUCAUGUGUGACUUGCUGGAAAUCACUCCGUUCCACAAUAACGGGACGCACGGGAGUCUGAACCACCUGCUGCGGACACCGGUUUACAGCCCCAGUCACCCGACAGAGCAGAGCGGCCCGGAGCAGUGUCCGAUCACCAGCCUGGAGCCCACACACACACUGGGCUGCAGCUGCACCGCAGUGAGUGAAAGUGACAUUAACGCACGUCUGAAUCUCACCGAUGCAGAAGUGGCCGAGAGCGAGAGGCGACACAUGUUGUUCGGCCGUCCGCGGGUUCUGCAGUCUGACGCUAAAUACUGUGUCCUGCACCAACACGGUUUCAUUACGGCCUACAGCACACGCACCCACACGCCCGUCUGGAGCUCCUUCACUCUCAACAAACAGGCUGAAAGUUCUCCGGUCGUCUCAGAUUGUCUUCGGGCAGACAUCAGGAUUCCAGCCAAUCAGAGCGCGACAUGUAACCAGUACAACAACGCUGGCAACAUCACACACGCCUUCCUGUUCCCACCCAAUCUGAACGGCACGUCUGAAGAUCAGUUUGACGCUCUGACACUUGGAAACACGGUCCCCGUCUUCCCACAGUUCAAGAGACUCUGGCAGUAUUUUCAGGAGGUUCUGCUGAUCAAAUACGCAUUUCAGUAUAACGGUAUUAACGUGGUUACCGGCCCAGUGUAUGACUACAACUUUGAUGGACACUUUGACUCUCCAGAGCAGAUCCAGGAGUUCGUUGCAGGCUCAUCUAUUCCUGUUCCCACUCAUUAUUUUGUGGUCCUGACCAGCUGUAAGAAUGACACACAGAUGGUGAACGAGUGUUCUGCUGAACUUCAGACGGUUUCCUUCCUGCUUCCACACAGGAGCGACAACAUGGAGAGCUGCGCUGACGAUCAGCCGGAGUCUCAGUGGGCGGAGCCUCUCCUGUGGAUGCACCAAUCACGAGUAAGAGAUGUGGAGUGGAUCAGUGGACUGGACUUUUUUCAAGACAGCAAGCGUCCAAUCGCUGAGCUCCUGAGUCUGAAGACCCGCCCCACCGCCGCCAUUCAUCCCAAAGCUUGAGUUUGUGUUAAUAUAUUUAUUUAAUCCUCUUUCCGUUUUGACCUAGAUGAGAAGCUUACAAAUUCAUAAAAACAAACAAAGUGUAGUUCUUAGAUGCAUUAAGAUUUAAAGUUUAAAGUUUAAGUUUAUGCCCCUAAAAUUAACUGAUUUUGUUUGGCAAAAUAUUUAAUAUUUAUGUUGUUCUGUUAGAGAUAAAUAUGUAGGUUUCAUAAAUGUUAUACUUAUAAAUCCAAAGGAAUUUCAUAAAAUUCCAUUCAUUCCAAUGGAGUUAAUACUGGUAAUUCAUUAAAGAAAUUUCAUAAAAUGAUUUCAAAUAAAAUUUCUCAGCAAUAUUGAAAAAA